UUCAACACACACACAGCAGUCAUGGCUUCUGCAACACCGGUGGCGAACGCAGAUGCCAACAGACUCACGGGAGGUGGACAAACCCAGACGCCUGAAGACGUGAACAGCUUCGCUCAGAAGAAGAGCGCAGCGAUGAGCAUGCUGGACGUAGCGUUGUUGAUGGCGAAUGCGUCUCAGCUGAAGGCCGUGUUGGAGGAGGACUCGUCCUUCAGCUUCUACAUACCACUCAUCACACUUAUCAGCAUCUCACUCAUCCUGCAGGUCGUCGUCGGAAUUUUGCUCGUCUUUGUCGUGAAAUGCACUCUGCGAAGCGAAUGGCAACAAGACCAGAUGAAAAAACUGACAAACAUGUCCACAGUCUGCGUCUUAAUCAUCGUCAUCGUGAAUGUCUUAAUCACGGCGUUCGGUGUGCAGAGACCCAGAAGAAGCAUCUGAUCCACCUGGAGAUUGCACGCAUCAGCUGUCAAAACCAGAUCAUCUGCGUACAACAAUUCCCAUGGAUCUCCUUUUCUGCACUCUUUUGUUGCUUCCUCCAUAACUAUAAUGAAUAAAAGUGGACCAAGAACCGAACCCUGAUGAACGCCAACUCCAAGUCUGUUGAUGUCCAACCUGCCACUCUUACUCUUGAUUUGGUGCCUUCAUACAGAGCCAUCACCAAUUCAAUCAGCCUCUCUGGAACAGUCUGGAUUAUUCUUGUAAUAAUUAAUUUUAUUCCUGCUGUAUUAUUCCUGUCUGUUUAUUCAAGCCAGAGUGUGUAUCGUCUGUGUGUGUGUGUGUGUGUGUGUGUGUGUGUGUGUGUGUGUGUGUGUGUGUGUGUGUGUGUGAGAAAUAUCAUUAUAAAGAAAGAAA